GGAUCGACAACAGCAAAAGCAACGCGUGCAGCACAAGACGGAGGAAAGAGAAGACUGCACCCAACUCAGCUGCAGUGCACAAGACCAUCGGCAACUGCGAUUCGGCUCGAUUCAUUCUCAGCGCCCGAAACAGACAGCGCAGCCAUCACCGCCUCACGGCGACCCCACCAACCAUUUCACCCCUCCUCCGCACGACCACGACCACGAUACACCUUCUGCACCCCUCGCUCUAUCAACUUAUCGCCACGUUACUUCUCUAGAACACCAAAGCAAAGAUGUCAAUCAUCCAGCAGGUGACGUCCGCCUCCCUCUCGGACAACUGGCGCACAAUCAACAUCGACGCCCUCGAUCCGGACUCCUCCGCCAACUUCGACACCUCCACGCUCCACCCGACUCUUGCCCCAGUCUCAGAGUCAGAGAUUCGGUCGAUUGGGCAGCAAGUUAGGCAGCUGUUAAGAGGAGGCGAUGCAGAGGGCGCGUUAAGAGGCGCGCUGGAGAGUGCACCAUAUGGUGGAGAUGCUAAUGUGAAGGAGAUUCAUUUGGGGACUGUGGUUGAGGUGUUGCAGGGGAUUAGAGCGAGUGAAAUUUCGGGUAUGCUGGGCAGGAUUUGGGGAAGUGAAGGGGGCAGUGAGGUGGUUGACUGCUUGAUGAAAUACUUAUACAAAGGCAUGGCUGCCUCUGCUACAUUUGGCAAGACUCCCUCUCGCGGCUCAACACUCACGCCUCAGAGCACCGGCGCUGGCUUCUCACAAAUGGGCGGUAGACCAGGGGCUCAGAAUGAAAGCAGUGGUGCCGCCAUGAGUGUGUUACUUUCAUGGCAUGAGAAGGUUGUGGACGUUGCGGGUUUGGGAUGCGUGAACCGCUCCAUGACAGAUUGGAGGAAAGUCUAGAUGUGCGGGGAACAUAUCAGGGCAUGGACAGUCGCCAUGAUGGAGAUAGGAAUUGCUGCAUGGCGGAAAUUGCGGCAUGAGCGUCAUUGGAAGCGUUCGCAGUGUGUCCAGAGCGGCCAACACUGUGCAACAAAAAUGAGGGGUAAAUGAGGGGUAAAAUAUGACAAAAUAUCAUGCUGAAUUGCUGUAUAGCAAAUAGCAUAUUCCAACGAUACAAAUGCACGGCAUCUGGCGGC